CAGAAUAGCACCUAAUGAAAUACCAGGGCGGGAGAUGCAGCUUAUGAAUGAAGCCUGAAAUAUUUAUAUGUAGCCCGUAGAACAGAAAACUUUUAUGAAGAACUCCUAGGAGACCCAGACACUUUCUGGAGAUAUUGGACUGAUAUAGCAGUGGUGGUGUGGUCAGAACAGGACAGUCACCUUAGUUCUACAUGACCUACUGUGCUAGACCUCAGUAAACAAAGAAAACCAGGCGUAUCCUGAAGUUAAAGAACUUAAAGAACUUGGGAUGGAUCAGAGGUUCUCCACACAUUUACUGCUGGUGAUACUUGGUCUUACAAGUGUCACCAUCGCUCAACAAGAUCAGCUUCAAUGUGUGAAAGAAGAUAACCCUCUAAAAGAUGAAAAAGCAUGCCCCAACGACUGGAUCUGCCCAUCAAAUGAAACCUGUGACAACAGCACCAUGUGCCGCUGCAGAAAAGGAUAUCGCCAGCGUUAUAUAGAAGGUGCCGUCCUUUGUUUCGAUAUAAAUGAAUGUGCUGAGAACUAUAGAUGCGGGAAUGGAGCAAAAUGUAAGAACACCAUCGGGAGCUUCUACUGUGAAUGUGACACGAAUCUCCAGGAGAAUGACACUCAAUUCUGCCCAAAUCAAACUAAUGAGAAUUACUGUAAAGAUGUUAAAAAGGAGCUGUCCUUGACCUGUCUUGUUGGGACUCUACCUCCAAAUACAACAAACUGCAAUAAUCGGAUCUGCCCAGCAGGCCAGGUGUAUAAUGCCUCAUUUCCCUGUGUCCCUGGGUAUGAAGAAGAUCUAGGAGCGUGUGUAGAUAUACACGAGUGCGUUGUUGGCAACCAUGUCUGUGGAUAUAAUGCUUUAUGUAAAAACACGAGGGGUGGUUAUCACUGUACUUGUAGUGCAGGCUACCAGAAUGGAAAUCAAACCGCCUUCUGCCCUUCCAAAGAUAGAACGCAGAAUGAGUGUACAGAUAUAGAUGAAUGCUCAGAGGUUCCAGGUAUCUGUGGUUCUAACUCGAUCUGCAACAACAUACUGGGAUCGUAUGUGUGUUUUUGUAACAAAGGAUUCACAUACAUUUCUGACACAUGUAAAGAUAUAGAUGAAUGCGCAGACGUUCCAGGUAUCUGUGGUUCUAACUCGAUCUGCAACAACAUACUGGGAUCGUAUGUGUGUUUUUGUAACAAAGGAUUCGCAAACAUUUCUGACACAUGUAAAGAUAUAGAUGAAUGCGCAGACGUUCCAGGUAUCUGUGGUUCUAACUCGAUCUGCAACAACAUACUGGGAUCGUAUGUGUGUUUUUGUAACAAAGGAUUCACAAACAUUUCUGACACAUGUAAAGAUAUAGAUGAAUGCGCAGACGUUCCAGGUAUCUGUGGUUCUAACUUAAUCUGCAACAACACACUGGGAUCGUAUCAUUGUAUUUGUGGCAUCGGAUUCUCAUACAUUUCCGACACAUGUGACGAUGCACAAUUUCAGAACCCUAAUACAAGCGAGCCUCAGAGCUCUAGCAGAGGACAGCACCAGAAUACUGUCUGCUCUGUGCUGCGGGCCACAAUUGCCAAUUUAAAUGUUUCCUGCCAUUCAAAUGUCAAAUUAACCACCAAGGAAGCUGAGAAUCAACUUGAAAAUGGCACAAAAAUACUCAGUGACAUACUCGAAGAGUACCAUACCUUGUCAACUCCUGACAGCCCAAAUACUGGUAAAACUACUACAACCAUUCUAAAAAAUGUGGAGACAUUUGUUCUGAAGUCUUUUAUUGAUGCACCAAGGAACCAAACCAUCAUCACACCUCAGCUCGCUAUCUCCAUGAAAGUGUCCAGUGACCACUGCACCUCUGUUGGCUUGUUCUUUAGGCUGAUGUUGAAUGACAACCUUAUGGAAGUUCCAUGUGAUCAGUUAGAUCGAGAUACAGAUGGUGGUGUUUUUAUUGUCUACAAAGGCCUCGAUUCCAGCUUAAAUGGUAAUAUACUCGAGUCCUCACAGAUCUCAGAAGAUGAUGAUGACAUGGCUAUAGUCAAUUCAAGGGUGGUCACUGGUGCCAUUACAAGAACUCUAACUUCACAAGUGACAUUCAAGCUUGCUCAUAUCCGGAGUCUCAAGAAUUUUCACAAUCCGGUGUGUGUUUUUUGGGACCCUAUAAAGAAUGGUUGGAGCAGAGAUGGUUGUAUCACCAAAUCUUCAGAAUCUAAUGAUACACACACGACCUGCUCCUGCAAUCAUUUGUCCAGCUUUGCAGUAAUCAUGGCACCAUUAGGACUUGAGGACAUACAGGACAAUCAUGCCCUUACCAUUCUUUCUUAUUUUGGCCUAAUUGUAUCUGUUUUAUGCCUGGCGCUGACUCUUCUCACCUUUGUCUUUUGCCGCACUCUGAGGAGCGCUCACACAUCUGUCUUGACCGCUCUGUGCAGUUGUCUUUUCCUUGGCCAGGUUCUAUUUCUAGUGGGAAUUAAUCAAACAUGCAACAAGAUCCUGUGCUCAGUCAUUGCUGGUGGACUUCACUUCUUAUUCCUCAGUGCCUUCUGCUGGAUGUCGAUAGAGAGUGUAAUGUUGUUUAUGACUGUGCGGAACCUAAGAGCUGUGAAUUACAUGACUUCUCACCGGUCUAACUUCCCAAUGAUGUCCUUGUUGGGGUUUGGGAUUCCCGCUUUGAUUGUUGGGAUCUCUGCAGCCAUAGAGGCAGAUGGCUAUGGAACAAAUCAAUAUUGUUGGCUCAGACCCAACUCUACAAUUUGGAGUUUCCUUGGCCCAGUCGCUCUGGUUAUCGUUAUGAACACUGCACUCUUGGUCUUCACAUUCAUACUCCUCAGGAGGAGGCUUGCCACCAUCAACACAAAUGUGUCCACCCUGAAAAACAGUAGGUCACUGACGUUCAAAGCCUUGGCUCAAUUCUUUAUUCUUGGCUGUACUUGGGGUAUUGGAUUCUUCCGAUUUAUAAAUGUUUCCUUGGUCAUCGCUUAUAUAUUCACCAUAUGUAACAGUCUACAGGGCGUCUACAUCUUUCUCGUACAUUGUGUAUUCAACUAUCAGGUAAGACAGGAGUACAAAAAACUGUCCUGCAAGGCUCGGAAACGUGGCAAGCUGUCAAUGGAUGACUCCACCCCUAACAAUGUCACUAAAUCAAUAACCUUAACUGAAAUUAGUAAACCUGCAUGCAGUGAAAAGACUACGGCUGAGACAAAAAUAACCUGGACACAGGACUAGACCUCUAGAUACCAGCUAUAAAGCCGACCGACCACACACAUCAGAGGUAUCAACCAUACCAUGGACGUUUAUAAGAACGAUCCCACCAGCAAAGUAAAUUGCACGAUCAUGCAGUUUGUACAAAAUGGCAAAUGAUCGGCCAAAUUCAGUUGAACAUGCCAGACACAAAAUUUUCCAGCUGGAAUUUUCUGAAGACAUAUUGGCUACAUUAAUGCGACAUGAAAAAAAAAAGUCUGUUAAAAACGGCAAAACAGGACCACUAUGUGUUACAUUAUUACAGCUAGGGACCACUAUCAGGGACAUUAUACUGCAGCAGUUGGUAUUUAAUUUACUAAAAAAUUCAUCAAUUUUUAACGGCCAUGUAAAAUGAUUGCAAAACGACCAUUAAAAACGGACAGAUAGCCAUAAAAUGGAUACAUAAAUGGUAGAAAAAUGGACACUGUGGCUGUUUUUUUUUUUUAACCAUUGAGAAUAAUUGUUCACAUAAAAUUUUCAUACAGUGGUCGGUCAAAAUGGGUAAAAUUGUCCAUUCCAGCCAACUUUUGUCUUAGGCUACUUUUACAUUAGCGUUUUUUGCGGAUCCGUCAUGGAUCUGCAAAAACGCUUUCGUUACCAUAAUACAACAGAAUGCAUGCGUCAUGAACGGAUCCGGUUGUAUUA